AUGGUUUCCUGUUUUGAACGCAAUGGAUCAAAGAUACAAAUAUAUAAUGUAAUGAGAUACAUGAUCCUACCGGUGGUACUGUACAGAUACCACCUGGAGGAACUCACCUUGUUUGAUGAUCGCACCGCUCCUGCUACCGCUGGACUGAACCUCAACACCGCCCCACCAAGUUUAAACCUUCCUUACUUCGAGGUCUACUAA